AGAGAAAGUAUGAGCAAACUUUCGUCAGUACCUGAGCUCAAAACAGCAAGACCUGGAUCACAGGGGCCCCAGUUUUCUUGGGAGGAAAUUUGCAUGUAUCUCUACGGACACAAACCUGUGGAGCCCGCGGUUCUUGAAGACCAGCGUAAAGUAGUCAAGCUGGAAGAAAAUUGUCAAGGUCUAUUCCUUUAAAAAUACGUACUAUGUAUUCUAAUUUCUUUUUACCCUUCCUUUUCGUUCUUCUUAUUUAUUUAUUUAUUUAUUGUUCCCAGUCAUCUAUAAAAAAUCAUUUUUUAUUCGACGGGAUUUUCUCUGCUUAUGGAUGCAGCAGGUUACACGAUAUAUGCACAUAUAGCCCCAGAAGAACAGUCUUAUUAUAUUAUUUAAACAUAUUUAAACUCUUGAGUCUUACAAACCAAAUAGUUGUGCAGAAAGGUGUCCCAAAUUUUCUUUUUCAGGCCAUACUUUUUAGCCUUUACGAGGACCACUUUGGGAUGUAGCCACACUACAGUUCAAUAAGAUUUAAUCGGUGAUUCUGUUUGACAUUCACAUUACAUUCCGGCGAAACAUAAACGUUUUUACACAUGUCAAAUAUUUUGCUCUUUACCAGUAUCCAGUAUUUCUUCCAGGGUUUUUCAUUAUAACUCGAUCAGUCUUCUCCCAUUAAGAACAUAUAACGAUGAUGUCGUCAUAAUAUUUGGAGUUGAAUGGGCAACCAAUCAAAUCCAAACACUUAACGUAAAUCAAGGAGAUCUUAUGAAAACGGUGAUAAUUUCCCGUUGCCUGUUCAAAAUAUAAGCUACUUGUUACUCUCUUAGCAAAUCUAAAGCUAAUAUCUCUACCGUAAUCUUCACAAAAUCGCCCUUAGUUUCGUUGCACAUGAACACCAAAACAUGGAAUUUGAAUUAGUUUAUCUUUCAUUUUAUGUCAGUGGAUAGAAAAAGAAAGCGCUGCUCUCUACCAAGUCCAUCAUUGAUAUUUCCAGAUGAAGUUAGGCUUUGCAAAUCGAGUGUCCCUGGAGCUAAAUAUGGGGUUUGUGCAGCUCAGCCCAUACCUCCUGGGACAUGGAUCGGUCCAUAUGAAGGCCAGGUUGUCAGGCGAGAGGAACUACGUGAAGGAGUACAUAAUAGCUUCAUGUGGGAGGUAAGGAAAUGUUACCUUAAAUGCUAAUCAGUUAUGAACUUUGUUAUACACCGCACUAGCUUCUUGAAAGAGAGAUUUAGACAAUUUCGUUCAUGACUAGAAAAGAGACUUUUUGCAUUGGGCGAAGCAUCUAGGGUAGAAAUGGAAAGACAUGCCAAUGAAUUGUGUGACUAUUUUCGGUAUGACUUUGACCGUUACUUGCAUACUCGGUUUGCAAGGUCCGCUUGUUAAAAUAGGACAGAAAGACUUCAAUUUUCACAGGAAAAAACGCUAUGUUCCCCUCCGUCUUCGGAGUCUGCGCAGAGUGACUGCCCGGGCAACCCCCCUUACCCCCACCCUCAAAUAUAGGCUUGUACUGUAAUGUGUUUCUGAGAGCAAAGUUGAGGAUGAGCAUGACGCAUUCCAUUAAUCGCAUCGUCUUAACCUGACAGAUAUACAAAGACGGCAGGUUUAGUCAUUUUAUUGAUGGCAGUGAAGAAUAUAUGUCAAGCUGGAUGAGGUACAUUCAGUGCGCCCGUUACAAAGACGAACAAAAUAUGACUGUGUUUCAGUAUUGCGGGAACAUUUACUAUCGAGCAUUCAGACAUAUUCCAGCUGACCGGGAGCUGCUUGUAUGGUAUGACGAAAAGUACUCAGAAUUCAUAGACAUCCCUGCGUUAUUGAAAGCGAGAACUCUAAAAGGUAUGUUUUUUUAAUUAUUUCUUUGUUUGUUUGUUUGUAGUUUUCCAAAUUCAAGAUUUUAAUUUUUGGAUAAUAAAUGCACGCACCUUUUAAUUUACUUUGUCACAGUGUACUCGUCUUUGAGGGAGGUAGGGCCAUGCUGUGAGUCCCAGAGUGUACCAGUCCAACCCCUUUCCCCUCCCCACCAUCCCAACGUUUUUAUUUUUUUCAUAGGUAGAGUUGUUUCUAUGGUACUAAACAUUUUCGAAACAUUAUACUCCUAGUAAAAAUGGAUAAAGUUUCAAUUUACAAGCAACGUGGAAAAUGACGAAACAUUGAAAUCAGAUAACAUUUCGGCACAUUUGUUCAAACCAAAAAGCUUUAAGGUUCUAGCUUUGCAUAGAAAUGGUUCCCUAACCUCACGUGUGGAAUCACGUGAACUUUAAUUAGUUACAUGUUAUAGACCUGAAGGCAAUGAGCGUAACUGCGAGAAUGUUACGAAUGAUAUGCAAGUUAAGAAUAACGAUUAUUUGUUGUUGUUAGAACAUACAGUUGCCUGGAAACCAACUGGAAUGGACGAAGAAAUGCUAUUCGAAGAUUCUCGAGAUCAGGUAUUGUAGGAAGCUAAAUAAUCAUCGACAAGUAUUUUAUAAUCAAUGUCAUGAAAGAUAUUGUUCAUCGUGGAUAAUGCGUAAAAUGGGUUUCGUUAAUUAAUCGUUUGUCUCACGAUUGUCACAUAGAUAUUGAUCGCGACGUUUCGACCGCGUACUGCAGGUCUUCAUCAGGCGAUAGUGUCGAUUUACUGAGUAGAACAAUUUGUACCACCAUGGUUGUUAUAGUGACCGAUGUAUUCACAAAUCUCGCUCAUGGUUGGUGGGUUUCGAUCCAAAGCAUUUAUAUAUUUUACUAUCAUGGCUAUCAUGGCUAUCUCACAUCACAAUCAACUUUAUAACAGAGAAGUUUCAUCUCUUAAAUAUGUUUUGCAUAUCUUGCUAUUCGUUUCAUUUAGGAAAACAAUUUAACAUAUUAGAGCUCUGUUCGUCUCUUCUUAAGGACUAUGAUGAACCGGAGAGUUCCUUGGAUCCUUUUGGGCUGGGACUCAAGGAUCACGGAGAUGCCCAUAUUUGGAAAUGUGGCCAGUGCUCGCAAACGUUUUCUCAACGUGUUCUUCUUCAGAUGCACGUUUGUCCACAGGUAAGCCUUUCCGGUACCUAACAAAACCUAAUGUUAACCAAUCAUCUUUUCAUUUUGUUUUUCUGUUGUCGUCUCUGGAGCACUGGACGUUACUAUCAGAAUCUCACUCAUUCUUAAUGUAUUUGUGCAACACAGCUUAAGAAAUAAUUCAUGUAAAAAAUGAUUUAAUUUGUAAUUGGACUGAUUGAUGAAAAACCGUUGUAGCAUUCUGCAUGAAUUCCAAAAUAUCUAUGGUUUUAUGAAAUUAAUCAAAUGUUAGAAUAAAGAAAAUAUGCUGAUAAUAAUUUGGCAUUAUUAUUCUUAUUGGAACGAUAUGAAACACAGUCAACUUGUUUUGAAUCGUAACGGGGACGGGAUAUUUCAGUGAGCGUGGUAUGCGCAGUUUUUUUAAUCUAAAAAACACGAACGUACUCUAAAUUAAAACUCUAACUCACACUCAAUCUUGCCCUUGUAGUCCGGUUAUAACCUCCAUUUACACCACAAAGGCGGAUCUUCCACAGCUCCCAUGAAAAAAGGGGCAACCUGCGGAAACAGCACUGUCCUAUUUUGUACCAACUGUGCAUUUUGUUCUUGGUUGCAGUCCCCUGAUCGUCCAUACCAAUGCGGGCAUUGUCCUUCCUCGUUCCCAGGGCCAGCCGAGCUGAGAGAACACGUAGUUAUUCACAUCAAUGAGAAGCCAUUCAAAUGCGGUUUCUGCGGGCGCUCUUUCGCUGGCGCUACAACUCUGAACAAUCACAUUCGCACCCAUACCGGGGAGAAACCAUUCAAGUGCGAAAAGUGUCAUAAGACAUUCUCUCAAUCCACUCAACUAAGUAGGCAUCAAAAGUGCCCAGAGGAAUGCCUGAAAGAUGUGAACAAGGACAGAAAGUUAACAUAG